CUGCAGUUUUCAGUUCGCAUUUCGCUCUCGGGCGAAAAGCUUUGCGAUGGAGAAUGAGCGGACUAUAUCCGAUUUGCCGAUCGAAGUCCUCGAUCUCAUAUUCGAGGAACUGCAGAGUAUUGUAGAUAAACUGCAACUGGCACAGGUGCAUGAAAAGCUGGGCAAAGCGUUUGCCUACCACAGUCGAAGUGCCUUUAAGAAGCUCAGACCCUUCUUUGGAGUAACUCAAGAAUUGUGGGUGGUUCUAGUGAGCCUAUGUGGAUCGACUGUUGAGGAAUUUUCCAGCAGACAAAUUUGGAACACCCCAUGGAGUGAUAUACUGGUUGAGUCGAUUGAGCAGCAUUGUCCCAAUUUGAAGUCGGCGAGAAUUGACGUUUACGACAACAAUUGUGACAGCGUGCGGUCUCUUUUGUUGAAAAUGAGUAAACUAUUGGUAUCAGCUGAACUUACUAUAUUCACAAAAAAUUCGAAAAAGAUUUUCGAUUCGCUCGCAGAAAUGACUAAUGUGACACAAUUAGCAUUGAGGGGUAAUAUUACCGAAGAUGUCUGCCAGAUUCAAAACUUAACUGCUUUGGAGGAAUUAAUGAUCGAUUAUAAUAAAAGCUUCAAUCCUUAUUCACCUUUAAAUCUUCUCGAGAUUUGUACACCACUUUCGAAUCUCCGCUCCUUGACAGUACGCAACAUAACUAUAUUGCCCUCAGAACAGCCGCAUUUUUUGAUUUGGCCAGAGCUGGAGGAUCUAAAAAUUAACAACUGCGACAUUUUUACGGAAUUGCCCGAUUGUCCGAAGCUGAAGACUUUAGACAUGAUAAACUCCAACUGCCACAUUGAAGGCCUUCUGUUUGGGUUUAUUCUGCAAAACGGAGUGAAUAUUGAAAAGAUGAAUGAAAAUUGCAAUCCGCCUCCAUUCGAUGGUGACAACUUUCUCCAAGUUCUUCGAUCAUGUCCAAAGUUACGUGCAUUUUAUACACCAAUGAAGGCUAUUAAAAUAUACCAAGCUUUUGUGUCGUCCAUUGUUGAAGUUCUCAAGGAUAACGGGGUCAAGAAGGAGGAACCUUUUCAACUAAUUAUUUACGCUCGUGCAAAGUCAAAAUGGAUUCGCCGAUUAAUUCCACGGACCUCAAAUCCCGAGUUGUUAGAUUUAGAUUAUUUGUAUGAUUUUGCAUUUUAAAUAUCAACUCGGACUCCAUGGCCAUAUGUUAUUUAUAGAUUGGCCUAAAAUUAUCAACAUUAAG